AUGUGUGCUGUUGUUUCUGUUGUGGAUUCCAGAAACGGGAGCAGUGCAGCCGUGACUGGACUGGAGUUGUCUGAAGGUCUGGGCCGCUGCUCUGGCCCUAAGAUGCGGCGGCGGUGGUGGCGGCGGCGGCGGCGGCGGCGGGGGGCCGACACGGAAAGCGAGAGUCUCGCCACACUCCGACAGCAGUACGUCCACUUGAGCCCCACGCCGUGCAAGUCUGUGGUGGUGGUGGUGGUGGAGGAGGCGGCUGCGCGCUUUCCAGACGGGUCGCGCUGGCAGCGGGAGCCGCGGUGGGCAGCGCCUCACCAGUGCCUCUCCGGCAGCGGCAGCGGCAGCGGGCGCCUCUGCACCAGGACGGGUCGGCUGCGUCGGCGACAUGACAGGUGGGUCCAGGCGGCAGGUGCUCCGCUGGCGUGGGUGUCCGGCGCCGUAACUCAACCUACACUGGUCUCCUCGGCUAUCGGCGACAGAGCUGAAGCACUCGUGACUUGCCCGCUGGACGGGCGGCGGCGGAGAACUCCAGCGCGGCGCUGCGUCCGCGAAACGCACGCCGCUCCAGCCGGCCUUCCUACGCGCUCGCCUUACGCCAAGACUUUCUCCGCCGAGGAGGCAGGCGUGCCCGACGCCGUCGUCCGCCGGCGCUGCGCAGAAGAGGAAAGGCUGGCAGCAGCGCUGGUGGCGGCGGCGGCGGCGGCGGUGGUGGCCGCCCAGGGGCAGGAGCCGAGCAUCCUGGAGGCGGCGCUGCGCACGCUCCAGCAGGGCACGCGCCACUGGAACUCGGAGCCGCGCGACGUGCCCGACGCGCAGCUGCUGGACGAGUACGACUUCGUGGUGGUGGGCGCGGGCACGGCCGGCUGCGCGGUCGCGGCCCGCCUCUCCGAGGUGCCGCACUGGUCCGUGCUGCUGGUGGAGGCCGGCCGCCAGGAGAACUUCGUCAUGGACAUCCCCAUAGCCGCCAACCUGCUGCAGUUCACGGACGCCAACUGGAACUACCGGACAGAGCCGUCGUCGACGUCGUGCCUGGCCAUGGAGGGCCGCCGCUGCCGGUUCCCGCGCGGCAAGGUGAUGGGCGGCACCAGCGUGCUCAACUACCUCAUCUACACCAGGGGCAACCGGCGCGACUACGACCACUGGGAGCGGCUCGGCAACGACGGCUGGGGCUGGGCCGACGUCCUGCCGUACUUCCUCAAGUCGGAGGCGACGGCGAUCCCUGAGCUGGCGGCGGACCGCGUCUUCCACAACACGGAGGGCCCAGUGGCGGUGGACUACGCCCCCUACCACACGCCGCUGGCCGAGGCCUUCCUGGAGGCCGCCAGGCUGCUCGGCUUCCCGCAGAACGACUACAACGGCGCCACGCAGAUCGGCUCCUCCUAUCUGCAAGUGACGCUGCGCAACGGCACGCGGUGGUCGGCGUCGCGCGCCUACCUGCACCCUGCGCGCGGCCGGCCCAACCUGCACGUGCGCAAGCGCUCGCUGGUCACCAGGGUGGACGUCGACCCCGAGACGCGCAGGGCGCGCGGCGUCUUCCUGGAGCGCGCCGGCCGCCGCCGCUACGUGCGCGCGCGCCGCGAGGUGGUGCUGUCCGCCGGCGCCAUCAACAGCCCGCAGCUGCUCAUGCUGUCCGGCGUGGGGCCGCGCCGACACCUCGAGGAGAUGGGCAUCCGCGUCAUACAGGACCUCGCCGUGGGCUACAACCUGCAGGACCACGCGUCCAUCGGCGGCCUCAUGUUCGUGGUGAACGAGAGCGUGUCGCUGCGCGCCGAGGACAUCCUGGGCCGGCGCGACAACUACGUGCAGUUCCUGGCGUACGGCCGCGGGCCCAUGGCGGUGCCCGGCGGCGCAGAGGCGCUCGCCCUCUACGACACAGAGGACCCCGACAACCUGGACGCGCACGCCGACAUGGAGAUUGAGUUCCUGGGCGGCUCGGUGGUGUCGGAGCCGACGCUGCGGCGCAACUUCGGGAUCCGCGACGACGUGUACGAGGCGAUGUUCGCGCCGGUGGAGCGCGCGCACACCUGGAUGGCGUUCCCGCUGCCGAUGCGCCCGCUGAGCCGCGGCCGCGUGUGGCUGCGCAGCCGCGACCCGCGCGCGCCGCCGCGCAUCCGCCCCGGCUUCUUCAGCCACCCGCGCGACGUGGUGGUGUCGCUGCGCGGCAUCCGGCAGGCCAUCCGGCUGGCCGGCGCGCCGCCGCUCCAGCGAUUCCAGUCGCGCCUGCACGACCUGCCGGUGCCCGCCUGCCGGCACCUGCCCUUCUCCAGCGACGAGUACUGGGUGUGCGCGAUGCGGCAGCUGACCUUCACCAACUACCACCAGUGCGGCACGUGCAAGAUGGGCCCAUCGUGGGACCACACGGCCGUGGUGGACCCGCGGCUGCGCGUGCACGGCGUGCGGGCGCUGCGCGUCGUCGACGCCUCCGUCUUCCCGGCCAUCCCCACGGCGCACACCAACGCGCCCACCUACAUGGUGGCCGAGAAGGCGGCCGACAUGAUCAAGGAGGACUGGGCCGAGCUGCGCCGGUAG